GGGACCAGAUAUCGAAGACCCUCCAGUGAUAUGCAAGAUGGCGGAGCGUGUGCGUCUAAAACGAAGUAAUAUUCUGGGCCAAGUUACGGGCAGCGACUUACGACACGUAGGAGUUACGAGCACGUCAGUAGCCGAGCAACUUACGACCACCUUAAACGAAGAAAGCAAUUCUCAGGAGCUCUUCCAUGCCCUUGCCUCAGCGGGGGGGACGCUCGCCCCUUACGACCGCCUUCACGAAUACCAAGUCGAAAUCGAGAGAAUUAAUGCAAAACUCGACCACCUCAGGGCGCAGAAUACCGUGCUGAACAUUUCCCUGGAUGAGUCAAAGUCUCACUGCGAUCACCUGAGUAUGUUGAUGGGUAAAUACGAGUCCAACGCUACGGCACUACAACUUACCAAUGAGACUCUAGACAUGACCGUUGAGGCGCUAGAAGUUCUAGUUGCCUUACUAGAGAGCGAGUUAGGGCUUUUUCUGGCCACUUAUAGGGCUAGCGAAAGAUCUAGAGGGUUGAAACAGGGGCUGAAAUCCAGAGAGGUAUACCAAGACGG